AUAUUAGUUUACCUACCUAAUUAUCAAACACAACCACUUCAAGAUACCUAAACGAUAAUACAAAGUCAUCAUUUGUGUACUUCAUAAUCAUGAAAUUAUAUACUUAUUUUAUUAGUUAUAAAUAUUAUACCCACGCUUAAUAAGAAUAAGUAUAAAAAAAUAAUCUGAAUAAAGAUCUCCCCUCUUUUUUGGAAGCUGGUAAAUUCCAACCUCGAUACAACUGCAAUCUCCUUUAAAUAUAAUGAAAAACAACGUGUCUGUUUAUAGAGUUACCAAGACAACUUGAAGUCAAUAAUGUUGAUAUUGGUUGAUGUAUCGGUCUCUGGUUUUAUAUUUCAUAUAAUCUCGUGUUUAUGAUAACUUAUUCGUAUUUAAAUAUUUUUACAAGACUAAAUCAUGGCAACGGCAACACCGCCAAAUUUAUCUGCUCGUAUAUUUUAUGGUCUCCGCACGGACAUUCAGUAUAAUGCUCACUACUUGACAGAGUCUGAAAUCAUUUACCCAGCUGGUGGGGUUAUUGUCAUUCAUAACCAUCUACAGAAGAAACAGAAAUUUAUAAGGUUACAAGAUAAACAUAAGCCAAUAAAAUCCUUGGUACUGGCGCCAAAUAGACGCUGGCUUGCUUUAAACGAAAUUGCUGAUGAGGGUCAGAAGCCGAUUAUUACAAUUUAUGAUUUAACAACAUACAAGAGACGGAAGAUUCUCACAGUUCCUUUCGAAAAUUCCACAUCCAGAGAAUUUGCUUGCGUACAAUUCACAUAUGAUUCCAAAUAUCUUGUGGCCAUAACAGGGGAACCAGACUGGUAUUUGUAUUAUUACAAUUGGGAUAAAGGUAAAGUAGAGAGCCACGCUAAAGCUCAGAAUCCAAGUGGACAAGGAGUUGUGGAAAGCGUGCAAUGCAAUCCCUCAGAUGCGACGUUAGUCGUUAUUACGGGCCCGUACACAUUUCGUAUAAUGAAUGUUUCUGAAACCGUCUGGCGUCAGUGGGGUUGGUGUAAGGCCGAAAAUAUUAAUAUCACCAGCUGUAUGUGGCUCACGGCAGAUAGAAUCUUGUUUGGGACCGACAAUAGCAUCAUCAUGAUGGUUGAAAACGGUGAGCUUCGACAAAACUGUAUUUUUCGAGCAACCGAAGUCACGGAAAUGUCUUUGAAAAAAGUAGAAGCCGAGACGGAGGAAGGCGAUAAAACAAGUACUUCUAGUAAACAAGACACAGCAAGUGAAUCUACUGAUUUUAUAGAGGAAAGCUAUCCAGUUACAUGUUUUGUAAAUUUUGCCAAAGGAUUCGCCUUCGCAUGCGGACCUGGUUAUGUUCACAUGUUUGAGAAAGAAACACCACACAACUGGAGAAAGAGAAAUCUUUUUAGAAUUUCAAAGAAAUCAUACAAGCACACUCGUGAAAAUCCAAUGUGGUCACCACUUGAUGCUAUACAACACAUUACUAUAGAUCCUAGUCAAGAAACACUUCUUAUAACAACGUUACGUAAACAACUCUACUACGUUAAACUGUUUGGACAGCACAUGAUACAGAAUCCUGAAAUAGCGUUUGCUGAACUCGGUCCAGCUAUGCACUAUGGUCGUAUAAACUCUCUCUCAAUGUGUGCUUGGAAACCAAUUUUUAUGACAUCCGGCGAACAAGACAAGAGCAUUAGAAUUUGGAAUUACAUGACUGAUGAUGUGGAAAUGAUAAAAUUAUAUCAAGAGGAAAUACAUUGUGUAUCUCUGCAUCCAACCGGAUUGUUUUCAAUAGUAGGAUUCUCAGAUAAACUUCGCUUUAUGGUGGUGCUAAUCGACGAUUUUGAAGUCAUGCGAGAGUUUCCCAUUCGUAACUGCAAACAAGCCAAAUUUAGUACGAAUGGACACCUUUUUGCGGCAGUUAAUGGACAAGUUGUACAAGUUUUUUCGUCAGUUUCAUUCCAAAACGUGUUUAAUCUCAAAGGACACAAUGGAAGGAUUACGUCUCUUGCGUGGUCUGCUAAUGAUUUAACUCUUGUUUCUUGUGGAACGGAGGGCGCUGUAUACGAAUGGAGUAUGUCAUCGGGUCAAAGAGUCGGUGAAGUUAUUUUAAAAACUAAUCAAUUUAAAGCAUGCGCAGUGAACAGCAUUGGCAAAACUACGUACGGUGUCGGUACUGAUGGGGAAAUUAAAGAGAUCGGUUCGAAUACUAUUCGGAGAAACAUUGGGCUUAUUGGAUGUGCUUUGGACACCAUUGUGUUGUCACGUUCCGAUAUGAUGCUUUUCAUUACUGGCGGUGAAGGCGGCGUAACAUCUGUGCAGUUGCCAUUAUUAGAUAAAGCUAUUUUUAACGAGUUUCACAUGCAUAAUAAGAAAGUAACAAGCAUAGCUUUGGCUUACGAUGAUCAGACACUAGUGUCGGUUGCCGAAGAUGCUUCGAUUUGUAUAUGGAGACUCACAAAUGCUGAUGGAAAGGCAAUUGCUUUGGACAAAGAUUUCGCUCAUUCAAAAGAAAUAUUGAUAAGCAAGAAGGAUUUGCAAGAGAAAAUUAAUAGUAUUAAUUUGUUGAGCACAAGAAUGAGUGAAUUGGAAACUGAACACACAUAUCAACUCCGACAAGCUGAAGCAACUCAAGCUGAAAAACUGAAAGAAGUGCAUGAAGGAUAUUGUGCUGCUAUUGAAGAAUUAAAAGAAAAGAAUGAAAAUAUGGAAAGUGAACAUACUCAUGAGAUAGGAAUGAUUCAACAAGACAUUGCUAAACUUCGAUCCGGUCACGAAAGGACACUUCAAGGAUUAGAAGCUGAUUUUAAUAUCAGACUUAUUAGUGAAUACGAUAGAUAUCAGAGUCUCGAAGAUAAAACCGCUCGAAUGAGAAAAGAUUACGAACAACGUCUCGAAGAAUUAGCUGAGAGUAAACGACAUGCUUUACGGGAAAUGAACAACAUGUUUGAAACCAGACUCGAAGAAAAAGAUUUGCUUCUGCAAGAGUUACAAGAACAAGCAGACAUGGAAAAACGUGAACAUGAAACAAUAAAAUCGUCGAUAGAGGAAGAUGCUGAUCGGGAAAUAAUAGAAAUAAAAACAGCUUACGAAGCCCAACUUAAAGAAGAGAAAGACGCAAACGUAAGGCUUAAGGGAGAGACAGGUUUAAUGAAAAAGAAACUAAUAAGUGCAAAUAAAGAAAUCGAUGAAUUCAAACAUCAAGUUACUCAACUUAAAGCCGAACACAAGCAAUUUCAAAAAGUUAUAUCUACUUUGGAGAGAGACGUAGCUGAUUUAAAGAAAGAAAUAUCUGAAAGGGAUAAUACUAUACAAGACAAGGAAAAAAGAAUAUAUGAAUUAAAAAGGAAGAAACAGGAACUAGAGAAGUACAAAUUUGUGCUUAACUUUAAGAUAACUGAACUGAAAAACCAGAUAGAUCCUUUAGAACGAGAUAUUAAAGCGAAAAAAGUACGCAUACUUGAGUUAGAGGAAUCUUUGGAAGCUCUUCUUAAACACAAAGCUUUCCGCGAACUUAAAAUUAGUCAGUUGAAUGAAAAACUAACUUCGGCCAAAAAGGAUUUUUUUAGCGAAGCCGAAAGAAAUUUGACUUUAAAGAAUACAUUGAAGAAAAUUAAAAUUGAUUUACAUAAUAUGACGGCGAAUUUUCAAGAUCCAAUGAAGCUUAAACUCAACGUUAAGGCUCUUUUCCACAAAUAUGUGGAGGAUAUAGAUUUUGUGCGUAGUCGUGUGGCUGAAGACGAAGCUAUACGCGAGUUUAACAGACAGCGGGACCAUCUCGAGAAACAGGUGGCAGCACUCAAACAACAACUUGAGAAAUCCCUUGGGGGAUCCAAAAGCGAUAUUGGCAAAAUCAUGGAUGAAAAUUGUACUUUGCUUGCGGAAAUCAACAAUCUGCGUUCGGAGUUGAAGUCUACCAGAACGAGGUGCUUUCAAAUGGAAUCUAUAUUGGGUCUGUCGGCCCGAUACAUACCGCCCGCUGUGGCGCGAGCUAAACUCAAACACGUCACUGAAGACCGAGAAAAGCUUGACGAGAAGUUCAAACAGAAAAUUGAGGAGAGGCAAGAGAUUAUCGUCGCGUUGAAGGAAGAAAAUGACCGCUUGCUGGAAAAAGUUCGUUGUGUUGACGAAGUCGAAGAUCCAUCGGAACCGGAGUCUAGUGUUACACAUAAGGGACAUCAAAAUGUGUAGCUUGAACUUGAAUUCAUUUUAAUCUUCACUUAGCAUUUAAUUAACGAUUCUAAUGUAGCAUGAAUUAUAUUUUAGAUUAUUAUAACUAAAAAUGCGAUUUGGAAAAUAGUUUUUAUUGAAUAUAAAAUUAAAAUAAACAUUUAUUUGAACAUAAA